AUGCAGCCAACACCCGUCCUCGCUGCCUCCGAGGCGCCAUCGGACACAUCUCAGGCCACGCUAGACUCGACCAUCACUCACUCCUCUAGACCAGUCGAAUCACUUCCACCUGCGACUGUCUCGAACGGCACCAGCAACCAAGAGCAGUACCUCGUCGUCCUCUCCGGUCUCAUCGGCAGCGGCAAGUCCACCUUUGCACGCGCACUCUGCCAACACUACCCAAACUGGCGUCGUUGCAACCAAGACGAGCUAGGAGAUCGACACGCGGUGCUCUACGCUGCCCGAACAGCCCUGCUCGCCGGCCAUCACGUUGUCAUCGACAGGACCAACAUCGAUGCCAAGCAGCGAAGGACGUGGCUCGAGCUUGCACGUGAACUCUCCACUCCCUCUGCGUCCAUCGAAACGGGCGCACCGCCGAUCCAGCCCAGAAACAUCGUCACCGUCUCACUGACCCUGACCAUCUCCACCGUAGUCGCUCAGGAACGUCUGCAGAUCAGAGUCGGACACGAAACCAUCAAGACGCCCGAAGAAGCGCUGGGGAUUUUGCCGCACUUUUUGAGGUCGUACCAAAAGGCGACGGUGGAAGAGGGUUUCAACUACGUGUUGACCUACCCGGCCGCAAAGAUGUCGAUGGAACCGAGCGCGGAUGAGGUCAAGGCGAUACUGUGGGAUCAGUUGCAAGGGCAGACGAGAGCGUCGGGCGUGAUGCCGGACAGGCCGCCGCCGAGGGCGGGCGGCGGAGGGAGAGGGAGAGGAGCAGCGAGAGGGAGGGGUGGAAGAGGCGCUUCGGCUGUAUAUGCUCCUCACCACCAGCAUCAACACUAUCCUUAUCCGCAAAAACAACCACCACCGUCAUUGCAAGACCCAGGGCAAGGCCCCGCCGCCACUCUCAACGCAGUACACCAGCAGAUGCCACCACCAUCCUUUGCAGCAGCAGCAGCAGCCGCUCCCUUGCCAACGGAGGCUUUGCAGGUUGAAAGUGUUGCGCAACUCCCUCCACUCUAG